ACACCAACGCAGGCUUACGCCUCUCUCGUUUGAUUCCAUCGUCGUCUUAGGGUUUCGCGCCGUGCUUCCGUCGCGGACUUCAUCCUUUGGCAAGACUUGAUCAGGAUGGUGAGAGUCAGUGUACUGAAUGAUGCUCUCAAGAGCAUGUACAAUGCUGAGAAGCGCGGAAAGAGGCAGGUCAUGAUUAGACCUUCCUCAAAAGUGAUAAUCAAGUUUCUCCUCGUCAUGCAGAAACACGGUUACAUUGGUGAGUUUGAGUACGUGGAUGACCACCGUGCUGGUAAAAUAGUUGUCGAGUUGAAUGGCAGGUUGAAUAAGUGUGGUGUUAUUAGCCCCCGCUUCGAUGUGGGUGUCAAAGAGAUAGAGUCUUGGACUGCCAGACUGCUUCCAUCUCGCCAGUUUGGUUACAUUGUGUUGACAACAUCUGCCGGAAUCAUGGAUCAUGAAGAGGCAAGAAGAAAGAAUGCUGGUGGCAAGGUACUCGGCUUCUUCUACUAGAUCCAUUUUAGCUCCCUACUUUCAUUUUUAAGAUGAGUCUGAUUGAUUGGCUUCGAUGUCUUUGUACUGUUUUGGCAAAACUAUCUUGUUGAACUAAGUGUUCAAGAUCUUUCUGAAUCUUCUUCUGAAGCAAUUCUGAAUAUGUGAUUGAGUUCCAGUUUCAGUUUCA